AUGGAGCACGCUAUGCCCCUCGAAGAACGCCUAGCCUUGCGGCAGGAACUACUGGAUGCAAACGAUCAGUUCGUGCUCGACCUUCCAAAGGUCGAACUGCACGUCCAUAUUGAAGGCACCUUGACCCCUGAACUUAGAUGGAAGCUUGCCCAGAGAAACAACCAGACCCUAAAGCUCGAGCGGACUGGUACCGUGUACACGAGCCUGGAGCAGCUGAAGGCGUCGUACAACAUCAUUCCAGCCCGGGAAGGCCACUCCAUCGACAAUGCUGAAGAGACCUUUACCUUCUUCGAGGCCUACUAUGGCGGGUUUGAAGUGCUUGUCACCGAGCAGGACUUUUACGACUUGGCCAUGAACUACUUUGAGCAUGCUGCCUCGAUGAAUGUUCGGUACUGCGAGCCUUUCUUUGAUCCACAGGGUCACACUCGCCGUGGCGUAUCCUGGGACACCAUGAUGGGGGGAUUCCGAGCGGCUCAGGAGGAGGCGGAAAAGCGCCUGCGCAUCAAGUCCAAAUGGAUCAUGUGUUUCCUGCGCGAUUUAUCGCCAGAGUGUGCCAUGGAGCACUUUGAGGCUGUUCUUCCCUACCGAGACAUGGUUAUUGGCAUUGGUCUUGACUCGAACGAAGACAACCGUCCCCCUUCUUUGUUCUCAGAGGUCUUUACUCUGGCCAAAGAGGCCGGCUUCCACCUCACAGCACACUGCGAUGUUGGUCAAAAGGAUACUCACGAGCAUAUCCGCCAAGUUGCGGCAGAUGUGGGGGGUUCAGGCGCGGAGCGCAUAGAUCAUGGCCUGAAUGCUGUUCAAGACGAGGCUCUCGUGAAUCUCAUCAAGGAGAAGGGCAUCGGCAUGACGAUUACUCCAUGGGGAUAUCUCCGCCAUGAGCCAGUCGACGAGAUCUUUCCGAGAAUACGCGCCCUUUAUGACGCGGGGAUCCCGAUCGCGAUUGCAAGCGACGAUCCGGCUUACAUGGAAGAUUGCUGGAUCCUGCACGAUAUGCUACUGGCCAAGAGUAUGUGCGGCUUUGAUAAUCGCGACAUGGUAACCUUGACGAGACAUGCUAUUGACAUGUGCUGGGCGACCGAGACGUGCAAGAGGGAGAUCAGGAAUGAGCUGGAGGCUGUAGUAACUAGAUACCUGGGCUAA